AUUCUCGUGAUAAUGAUUGUCUUUUACCUCGAUGAAGAUUUAGUAGGGGAGGGAACCAUUGAGUUACAACAAACCAAAUAACCUGUUUAAAUAAAUGCAGAUUCCUAUGCAUCAUUCAACAUACAGAAGUCAAUUACAUUUCCCAAAUCAGUUCAAUUUCAGCCUGGAAAUUAUUUGACAAAUGUAAUUUGACAUGCUGUGCAAAUCAUUUAAAUAACUGUCAAUGAGGUAAAGGAUAUUUACACUGUAUUCCUCUUUAGAAAAGGAAAAGCUUAUACUGUGUAUUCUUAAUAUAUACAUAUAUAAUAAAUCAUCUUACGGUGCUCUACAGAGAAACCUGCCACACACAGGUUUGUAUCUAAACGCAAAACAAAAGAAAUGAUAUAAAUGAAUCAACGACUCGCCGGAAUACGUGUUAUUGUCCGGAAGCUGAACCGGAAGUGCAACAAUUAUUUUCUUCCGCCGCCGCUAGAAACCUUUCCUAUGAGACGAAAAGCAUCAUCUCAACAUGUCGUGAAAUCCGAUUAGCGAAAUAAAUAAGGAAUAUGAGGGCGAUUUUAAAUAAGGUUUCCAUUCCGUAUGUUUUAUUACUAACGUUAAUGUUUUAUCAUUCUGAUGUUUUGGGGUAUUCGGCUGUGAGCGCACAAGGGAAUGACGAGUCACAGGAGAACCGCCCCCGCUUCGUGGAGUCAGAAGACUCGCCGCCCAAGAGGCAGUUCAAGUUGGCCGAGAUGGCCGACGCCGUGAUGGGAUCUGUGGCCCCCACCGCCCCGUCUGACAUCGAGUCCCUUUUCCCCCAAAACGUGAGGGACCAGCAGGCGGGCUUCUCCCCCCCCUCUGAGGAGAGCGGCGCCCAGUGCGAUCCCAGCGGGGCGGAGGAUGUGAGCGGCGAGCCGUCCCAGCAGGUCACCCUGGACAUGGUCCGCGCUGACAUCCCGUCCUCCGAGGAGCAGAACGCCACCGAGACCGCCAAGACCUACAAGGUGACCUGCGACCGGAGGAACAUCACGGGGGUCGACAGCUUCACUGUGCAGGUCCUCAACGCGUCGCAGGACCUGAUGGAGUUCCUGAAUGCAAACGGCAGCGAGUGCUCCGUGGUGCUGUUCUUCACCGCCUGGUGCCAGUUCUCCGCCAGCCUGGCGCCUCACUUCAACGCCCUGCCCCGAGUCUUUCCCAGCAUGCACUUCCUGGCACUGGACGCCUCGCAGCACAGCAGCCUCUCCACGCGGUUCGGCACGGUGGCCGUGCCCAACAUCCUGCUGUUCCAGGGGGCCAAGCCCAUGGCUCGCUUCAACCACACGGAGAGAACGCUGGAGACGCUCACCUCCUUCAUCGGCAACCAGACAGGGUUCGAGAUGGGCCCCGACAGAAACGUGACGGAGACGGACCGCCUGGGCCCCCUCCUCGGCGUCCCAGUGAGGAGCGUCGACUGGCUGCUGGUCUUCUCCGUGCUCUUCAUCGCCGGCUUCACCACGUACGGCAUCCUGCGCACGGACAGCAUCCGCUGGCUCAUCCCAGGACAGGAGCACGAGCACCAGGACUGACAGAUUAACUCUGUGUGUGUGUGUGUGUGUGUGUGUGUGUGUGUGUGUGUGUGUGUGUGUGUGUGUGUGUGUGUGUGUGUGUGUGUGUGUGUGUGUGUGGCUUUGAGAUUCAUAUUAAAAGAAGGUAAUAAUUUGUUGCGUUUGUCUUUUAUGCUCUUGUUUUUAAUUUUAUAUUCUAUUGAAGGACAAAGUGCAAAAAGCUGUGAGGAGCAUAACAUCGUCCAGUGAAAACAAAAUAAAGAUUGUAUACUUCAAAUACA